AUGUUGGUCUCAACUUACCAUGUAACCGAGAGAUGGAUGGCCUUUUGGCAGCUGAUCCAGAUGGAAAUCCGACAGCAUUCUUGUCUUGUCAAAGUAGUGGAUCUGACUAUCCUAAACAAUAGCUGUGCUCAUGGCGAAACUUGCAUAGGCGGUACAGUAUGCGACUUGGAACGUUUGAGGUGCCUUUGCCCUUACGGUACCGUACCCCAACUGGAAACGUUGUCAUGCCUCAAGCCACAGACAAGCUAUAAUUCUUUUGGACCUUUCGGAAACUUCGAUAAACCGGCCGCAACCCCGACUGCUUUCCUUCCCAACCCUGGACACACGAACCCUCCACCAUUCACAUUCAACUUCAGCCCAAUUUUCAAUAAGGAAACAAGCCCAAAUAUGAACUUUGGAAAUCAGAACAAUAACAAGCCGAGCAACUCGAACAGCGGAUCAGCUGGCGAGCAAAACUCGUACCCGAACAACAACUACGGUAACAAUGCACAAUGGAGCAAAAUUGGAGCCGGAAAAGCAAUUUCGAAUGGUGGAGUGUACCCAUCUAAUGGAUUUGGUGAGGUUCCAAAACCUGGCGGCGAACCUUACGUCUUCCAACCGAAUUUCCAAAAUCUCUAUCCUACGACGACUCCAGCAUCAACAACCAAGAAAGUACCGCAAUUAGCUCGACCUGGUCAGUCCUGCCGCGAAAACGAGGUGUGCAUUGGCGGUUCGAUCUGCACAUUGCCGAUAGCGCUUUGUCUAUGUCCUGGUGAACUCGAAGAAAAAGAUGGAGAAUGUGUGUUGCCACCAUCGGCUUCGAUCCCAAUCGAAAAAGUGGGAAUCGGAGCUCUGUGCUCGGAAUUGGCUGAAUGUGAUAACGGAUCCACUUGUGUGAUGGGUCGAUGUGUUUGUGUUCCUCCACUAGUCCAACACGAAGAUCGCUGUGUAUUGAGACAGGAUCGCAAGGAAGUUGGACCUGGUGAACUAUGCGACAACGGUGAAACUUGUGUACGUGGAUCUGUAUGCGAUUCCGUGAUACCAGUUUGUGUAUGCCCACCUAACACCGAUUUGUACAACGGCGACUGUGUUCCCAUCUCAUCGAUAAAGGACCGUCCACGUAGUGAGUUGCAUUGGUAGAA